AGAUAUGUCAGAUGAAAAGGGCUCAUUGGAAUAUCUCCCAAUCUAUUCAUUUCUCUUUUUGAAUGAAAAAGGGUCUACUCCAAAGUUUUCUGUUGCAGAUGACAUUUCCAAAGUAUAUGGUUUACCUGGGAUUCAUGAAUACAUUAAUGAUCAAAAACCUUUAAGAGCUGUGAUUGAUAUAGAUGCUUCACAAAAAGAUAUGGAAACAUCUGGUGUUAAGACACAAGAA